GAUUUAGGAAGAGCUAAAGACUGCUGGGGUUGCCCCUCUGACACCCCAGCUCUUUCCACCUGCAGCAAUGCUGACAUAUUCCGCAGGAUAAACGCCAUGCUGGACAACUCUCUGGACUUCACUGGGGUUUGCACUACCCCAAAUGCCAAGGGCAAAUGUGACCACCUGCAAGACUUCCCAGACACAGAGGGAGCUGCUACAAGCAGGAUGCUGUUCCCGACUUCACACGACCCACCUUCUCGAGGCCUUCCUGACACCAAUGACUUGUGCCUUGGUCUGCAGUCUCUUAGCCUGACUGGCUGGGACAGACCCUGGAGCACUCAGGACACAGAGGCUGCUGGACAGUCAAGCACUCCAUCCCCUGCUCAGUCAGUUUUCAGCAUGCUGAACAGCCCUUUGGGAAAGCCCCCUCUAGGCUUUUUGCCGUUGGAUCCUAUUGGCUCAGACCUCAUGGAGAAGUACCCCACACCGCUUCUGCGUAGCUCACGCUUGGAUAGCCGGUCUAUUUUAGACUCUCGUUCCAGCAGCCCCUCGGACUCUGACACAAGCGGCUUCAGCUCUGGCUCGGACCACCUUUCAGACUUGAUAUCCAGUCUCCGCAUUUCCCCCCCUCUGCCAUUCUUCUCAAUGGGAAGUGGAGUGUCCAGAGACCCGUUGAAGCUUGGCUUCGGCUCAAGGUAUGACCAGGAGCAUGCUGCCUUAGCAGCCGCCACAGCCUCUCCCGUGGGAAUGUCAAAAAGGUGGCCAGGAACAUCUGUCUGGCCAUCCUGGGAUCUUCUGGAUUCUGCUGAAGACCCAUUCAGCAUUGAAAGAGAAGCACGUCUGCACAGACAAGCGGCAGCUGUCAAUGAGGCAACCUGCACAUGGAGUGGCCAACUUCCCCCUCGUAACUACAAAAAUCCUGUUUAUUCUUGCAAAGUGUUCCUUGGUGGCGUCCCCUGGGACAUUACAGAAACUGGGCUGAUAAACACUUUCCGUGUAUUUGGAGCUUUGAGUGUUGAGUGGCCUGGUAAGGAUGGCAAGCACCCUCGCUGCCCUCCCAAAGGGUAUGUUUACUUGGUGUUUGAAUCAGAAAAAUCUGUUCGUGCAUUGCUCCAAGCCUGCACUCAGGACCUGCUGAGCCAAGAUGGGCUUAGUGAGCACUACUUCAAAAUGUCUAGCCGCAGGAUGCGCUGCAAGGAGGUGCAGGUCAUUCCUUGGGUCCUGGCAGACAGCAACUAUGUGCGCAGCCCAUCUCAGAGACUAGACCCCAGUAAAACAGUGUUUGUGGGGGCCCUCCAUGGCAUGCUCAAUGCUGAAGCGCUCGCAUCUAUCAUGAAUGACCUGUUUGGUGGUGUGGUCUAUGCCGGUAUCGAUACAGAUAAGCACAAGUAUCCAAUUGGCUCCGGACGUGUGACUUUCAACAAUCAACGUAGCUAUCUAAAAGCUGUGAGUGCUGCAUUUGUGGAAAUAAAAACUGCUAAGUUUACCAAAAAGGUUCAAAUAGAUCCUUAUCUGGAAGAUUCUGUUUGCCAGGUCUGCAACUCUCAGCCAGGUCCUUUCUUCUGUAGAGAUCAGGUUUGCUUCAAAUAUUUCUGCCGUGCAUGCUGGCACUGGCAGCACUCCAUGGAGAUCCUGCGUCACCACCGCCCGUUAAUGCGUAACCAGAAGAGCCGUGACUCCAGCUAAAGACACAGCCAUCUCAAUCUGCGCUCAAGAUUAGCUACCACCGCUGAGUGAUCGGAAGUGGUAGAAAUGUCCAGUUUCCCUCCCAGCACUGGGAGCACUUUUUUUUUUCUUUCCAGUCAGUGAUUUUUGUGGGGGAAAGUCACUUUUUUGCACUUACUGUUCCUUGUGGAAGUUUUCUGCACUAGUGCACAGUGAAUUUUUGCCAGAAUUUUUUUAAAAGGUUUGUGGAGGGAAUUUCCUCCUCCAGGAGUGUUUUGCAGUUCCCAGAUAGGGUCCGAUGUAACACUUGCUGAAAGUAAGCAAUGUGUAUGGACCUUUGUUUUCUGAAGGUUAUGGCUACUAAUGCCACUGCCUUGAGUCAUUUUUUUUUUAUUACAGGCGCUUCUUUUACAUUCCUUGCAAUACUGCUGGUGAAAAUGCAAAAUUCAAUUUAUCCUGUAUCCAAUCCAUAGCUAGCCGUUGCCAUACAGUGCCUUGCAAUUUAUUUAAUAUCCCACCUGAACAUAAACUGGUUCAGCUGGCAUUUUUACUGAAACAACAAUAGCAGAGAUGCUCUUUAUUUAAACCAAUCAUAUUUCAUAUUUUUACCCACUGUGGGAUUUUUACCAGUUCCUUUUUACACUCUUAAGAAUACAGGUUUUUAGUCCUUUUUGUUCUUUCCGUUCCUUUUUCUGGCAGCUUUUAACAUUACUGCAACUUUUUGCUUCUGGGAGCUGCUGGUUUAAAAAGUAAAUACAGCCUAAAUAAAAUUUGUACAACAGAAUUAGAAACCAAAAGGACAGACUUGGGGCCUUGACUGAACCAGGUGAUUAUCUUUGUGUGUGUGUUUAUAUAGUUUUAAGGAUGUUGCACUUUUUUUAAUUUGCACUUCAGGGGAUGGUAGUUUUUAAUCACUUUCUGUUUGUAUUCUGCUGGACAAAAAGGGCUGAGAUAAAUAUUUUUGUCUUUGAGAAUGGGGUAGAGGCAAGAGGUGGAAAUAACUUUCUCCUGGAGGGAAUAAGCAUCCAUGCUUUGUCAGCUUUUAGGAACCAGCUGACAUGCGAGCAAGUUGGCCUUUAAAGUGUGUAUUUUUGUACCCCCACCCCAUCUGUUUGGAUGCUCUGUGCCAAAGAUCCCUACUGUCUGUAUUCCUCCUUUGUUCCAGUACAUGCUGAGCUGUCUGCACUCUAACUACCCUUAUCGGGUAUAUCUGUGAAGCUGUGUGUAAAGUCUCUACCUCAUUGUAGUUAUGCAAGCAGAAGAUGCACUUAACCUACAGAUGUGGUGUAGUUUUUAUUUUGUUUUGUUUUUUGGCACAUAAUAAACACGUUGAAGCAGUAA